AUGUCGCAGUCAACCAAACGUCCCUCGCUCUCUGAGGCUUCUGAGGCUUCUGAGGCUUCAGAGGCUUCUCAACCGAUCUUGAAUUCUACCGACUCUGAAUCUGACAAGAGUGACGAUGAACCCCCACCGGCAUACGCCGAAACAAUCCCCAGUCAGAGCAACGAUGGCGUCACCACGACGGGGUCAAAUCCCGUCCCAGAGCUACCCAAGACACUCAAGGCUGGGGAUACUCUUACCCAGCAUCACGAUCCUGAGCUGAGUGAUAGAAAGGACGAUCCGCCACGAAGCCAGUGCACUGAACAGCCUGCUUGCGGCGAGGAGAGCGCUCCGGAAAUACAGAUAGCUCCUUCGGCCAACCGCGCAAUGUCACGGUCGCCCAAGCGUUCAUCGUUUCCUGAUGCUUCCGAUGCUCUCCCCAAGCCUAAGCGUCAUGAGCGUGAACCCCCCAGCGAUGAGUUGGAGUCUCUCCGGAAACCUCAUAUAACGCUUCCUCCCCCCGGUAGAGAUAUUCUUGCCACGGAAGAGCUGGGCCUCCUCCCUGACCUCUGCGGCGGAGAUGAUGAACAUGCUCCAAAGCAGACCGUCGACCCGCCCGCUGGCAGCGACAGCAGCGGCGCCGGAAGCCGUCCGAGCCUGGCUUCGAAGCUGCCCUCUGCACCUCAUUUGCCACCUCUUAUUGAUGAGGGUGCUGCCCCGGGAGAACCCACAAGUCCAAGUCAUCCGAGUCUAGCCCCGACGCUGUCCUCUGCACCUCAUUUACCACCUUUUGUUGAUGAGGGUACUGCUUCAGAAGCACCCAUAAGUCCAAGCCUUCCCGCUCAGACUCACACCAACGACCUUGCUUCUGAAGAAUAUCAAGCACCACAGAGAUGCUUCAAAUUUAUACCCUACGACACUCUGUUUAAUGAUGAGGCGAAUGCAAUACGUGUAUAUUGGGGGUCUUUCCAGGGCGCUGUUCAAUCGUUUGCGCGAAAUUGUCUCCCAAAGAAAUGCUCCUGGGAUGAACUACCCACCGGAUACCAAGACGAAGUUCGCGAAUGGGCAUCAGACCCCAAGGAUUACCUGAACUCGAAGCUUUCAACCGAUGUGAAUAAUUUCUAUAUCGCCUGGCUAUUUCGCCUUCUCGAUCGCCAUUUGUUCUCUGGCCGAGACUCAGACAAAUGGCACGGGUCAGAUUGGAAGAGAUUUGGCGCUAUCUUGGAGUCUGGCAAAGCCCAUUUGCGCGAACCAAAAGGCUUCUUCGCUGCCAAGUACCACCACUGGCGUAAUCUUUCUGUCCAGACACUGGCUGACAUGCAUCAUCCCGAUCAGCGUCAUGUUGAUCCUCUCUGGCUAUGGAAGAAGAUUAAAGACUGGAUGAAGGAUCUUCCCUUUGUGUCGGAAAAGGACCAAUCUGAAUUCGAAUACCAAUGGAGAAACUUGAUAGAAUCCGCCAUCAACAUGGAUAGCCUGAUCAUUACAGCUCGGCGGGACAUCAAAAUGCGGCUGUCCGACUCUGCCACCGGCAAAGAUUACGGUUUUCCCGCGGUAAAAGGCAAAAUGACGCGCCGCCGGGGGCCACCAAGAAGUGCCGGGGGGGAACUUGUGGUAGACUUCGUCAUAUUCCCAACACUUCUCGCCUACGGCAGGGCGGAUGGUGCAUCGAUCUGGGAUGAGAGUAGCCCAGCGAAGAGUGUUAUUUGCCCCUUCGGUGAUAGUUGGGAUACAGUUUCCAUGGAAUUUGGCAUGACAGUGUGCUGUCACUAG